UCGAUCCUGCCGCAGCAACCCUUCCUUUGGCUGGGCGCCCUGGCUCGCAGGUCGCUGCAGUAGCGCGCCAUGGACGCUCCGGACAACAACAACAGCACGUGCAAGUCUGCCGGGCCGAGGCACACCAUCGACGCCAUCCUGGGCCUGAGCCGCGGCGGCCCCGGCGGCUCCGUCGGCCACCACAGCAGAGGCCACAUGGCCCCCGUCAGCCUUGCCCUGCACCACCUGGUCGCCACCUCCACUGCCAACGCCCUUCUCUCACCCUACGGAGGGGUCAUGGUCAGGAGAGACCUCGGACAUGAGUCAAGUGGUGAAACGAGCAACUCUGAGGACGGUGGUGGCGUCGGCCGGCUGCUGGGCGACCACGGGACGCGCAGCAGCGACGACGAGGAUGACGAGAGCCGAGCGACGAGUCCGGCUUCAGGUCGGGCGGGCACUCCGGGAGCAGGAGGGUCACUACCUGGAGGACCUUUGUCGCCGGACAGCGGGGAACCGAAGAAAAAGCACCGCCGCAACCGCACCACCUUCACCACCUAUCAGCUGCACGAACUGGAGAGGGCCUUCGAGAAAUCGCACUACCCUGACGUCUACAGCAGGGAGGAGCUCGCAAUGAAAGUCAACUUGCCGGAAGUGAGAGUCCAGGUUUGGUUUCAAAACCGACGAGCCAAGUGGAGGCGGCAGGAGAAGAUGGAGGCGGCCCGUUUGGGUCUUAGUGAGUACCCGAUGGGCACGAUCGGCCGACCGGGGGCGGCCGGGGCGAUGUCGGCGGCCAACUCGUUAGCGUCGGCGGCUGGACUGGCGCUGCCCCUGGACCCGUGGCUGUCGCCGCCCCUGCUCAACUCACCCCUGUCGCACCUGCCCGGCUUCCUGUCGCACCCGCAGAACGGCUACACCUCGUACCUGACGCCACCUUCGUCCACGCAGCAUAACAUCUCGUCGCUGGUGGCCGCGGCCACGAUCGCAGCGGCCGCGGCCGCCGCCGACGCCAACAAGGAGCAGCGGGACGAGGAACGCUCCAGUUCAGACCCGCGCUCCUCCAGCAUCGCGGCCCUGCGGCUCAAGGCAAAGGAGCACGUCGAGUCGCUCAGCAAAGGACUGCAGAUGGUCUAGAGAAGGUGUGAAAAUCGCAGCAGAUCUCACGGUUAGAUGUAUAUUGCGGCGCCAAAAUGCAAAAAGGACGCUCAGAGGAUUAGUGGAUGUGUUUGAAUGUCUCCUAAUUGGAUUAAUUUUCUUCAUCUCCUGAUAGUGCUGAAAUUGAUGAAAAUUAAUUUGUAAAAAAUACAGAGUUGUAAUUAAAAAUUUAAUUGAUUAGCAAUAUCAUAUGUUUCCUGUAAAGUGACCAAAUAUUAAUCAAUUUUAAAAUUGAAAACUGGCCAGUUAAAAAUUUAUCAAUCAUUUGGAAAUAGUACCAAUGAUUCUAAAAACUUUUAUUAAAAAUGUCUUUUAUCUCUUAAAUUGUAUGUCGUUUUUGUAUGAUAAAAAAUUCAUAAUAUUGAUUUAAAUUCUUUAAUUACCAACUCUGUAUUUGUGUUAUGUCCAACAAAAUAAUGAACGUUUCAAAUUUUUUCCAUAGUGGAACAAAAGUCUGUGUUUCUUCUUUUCAGCGAUAAAACGCCAAAUUUGUUUCUCUUUGAAAAAUAAUCAGAGGAAUUAACAUUCAUACAUUUAUGUUAAAUAUGUGGUGUGUGUUUUUUAAAUGCAGACCCAGCGGCGAUGAAAUGGUUGUUCAAAAACAGAUUAUUAACUGUGCGUAAGAUCCGUCGAGUGAUUUAGUGUCUCAAUAAUUAAUUGUAUAAAAUAAAUAUGUAAUGAAUCUCGAUGCGGAAAA